AUGGCCAUUCCCAACCCCACUUCGAACCAGCCCCAGCACGACGAAGACGACAUCGAUGUGCAUGAUGUGGACAACACACUAGACGCCGAGGAAGCAGACGAGAUUGUAGAGGACGAUGGCGACGUGCCAAUGGACUCAGACGACGAGGGCGACGAAGGCGGUCAGGAGAUGGAGAUGGAAAUCAACCUGCAAAACGACUCGGUUGCGCAUUUCGACGAGCACAAGAGCAGCAUCUUUUGCAUAGCGCAGCAUCCAGUUCACCAAGAAAUUAUCGCGACGGGAGGUGGUGACGACGUCGGUUAUGUCGUUGAUGUUUCAGCAGCAGCCGCGGCGCAACCGAGCAGUGACGGACAACCCACCGAGCGCGCGGGACUGAAGAGUAUAUUCACACUAGACGGGCACGAAGACUCUGUGAAUGCCAUCACUUUCACUCAGCCAAAGGGCCAAUUUGUCGCAACAGCUGGUUUGGACGGCAAACUACGCGUCUGGCAGGGCGUGCCCGAUGGCAAGAAGUGGAAGUUUUUGGCAGAGGCACAAGAGGUAGAGGAGAUCAACUGGAUCGCCUCUAACCCGUCGCCUGAUCACCCCAAUGUCGUCGCACUCGGCGCAAACGAUGGCUCAGUGUGGGUUUACCAGAUCAAUACAGAAAAGGGCAACGAACUGCAGGUCCUACAGGCAUACUACCUUCACACUGAGACCUGUACAGCCGGUAUAUGGACGCCCGACGGUUCGCUGUUGGCUACCAUUUCCGAAGACUCAAGUCUGUACGUCUGGGACGUUUUCGGCGACGCAGCAUCCCAGGGCCUUACGGCGACAACUGAUUCACAAGCCGUCGUUGGCCUUACGGGUCAUGAUGAGCGUUUCCGCGUCGAAGGUGGACUAUACUCUGUCGGUAUCCCACCAUCAGGUGCCUUUAUUGCAGUCGGUGGCCCAGAAGGCCAAAUUCGCAUCGUCGGUCUGCCCCGUCUCUCUCUCACUGCACCUGCACAAGCAUCGACAUCCUCGAGUGGUGGAGGCGCAAAGAACAAAGCUGGUGGUGGAAAGCAAGCCGGUGCAAAGGGAGGCGCAUCUUCAGCUGGUCAAGCUGGACAGAUCCUAGCAAGUCUGCAGGCAGGAAGCGACAACGUUGAAUGCCUCAGCUUCUCCUCCUUACCCCUUACCCUCAUGGCGGCCGGCAACGUUGACGGCUCCAUCACCCUCUUCGACACCGCACAUCGCUUCGCCGUCCGAAGACGGAUAGACGAUGCACACGCAGACGAAGAGUCACCACAGGCUGUUGUCAAGCUCGACUUUGUCGCGAGAGAAGGCCCAGGCGGUUGGUUACUGACAAGCGCUGGUUACGAUGGUGUUCUGAAGCGGUGGGAUACACGGGGCGGAACAGCUGCGGCCGGCAAAGGCCUCGUCGGCGAGUGGAAGGGACACCGAGGUGGCGGCGAGGGAGGAGGCAUCAUGGCCUUUGUGCAAGGAAAUGGCGAGGCGGUCGUCACGGCUGGUGAUGACUAUGUUGCGCUCGUCUUCAAGACGCCCAUCUCACAGUAG